UGUGCCUAGAAAAACGCUUGUGAUAUGUACAUAAAUGACAUUUUAGCUCUAGUCAAGUCCUUGUGGCUUUGAGAGGAAUAUGUGACUGUACUCUUCUCUGUGAAUACUGAAAAGGUGCAUCUUAGAAAGGAGAGUAUUUUAGAGGUUUAUGGAGAGUCGGAGGAAGAGCUUGGAUGCGGGAAGCCGCCCCGUGCGAACAGCCGGGGUUGCAGCCCCAGCUCUGCCAGGUUGCGGCAGACGGCGGCGGAGUCUUGCCAAGGGGAUCGUGGGCGGUUGCCGCCGGCAGUGCCGUGAGCGUGGCCCCCUUGGGGGGGAAGCACCCGGCACCCCCGAAAUCUGAUUCGAUACGUCCGUAUGGGGUCUGCCGUGCGGGGCAGCGUGGGGCUGGCAAAGGCAAUGCAGCUCCUGGCCGCGAAGGGAAUAAAAUCUUGGGCCAAAGACCAAAAAGUCAGGGGCUGAUCCAGGGUCCGGAGGCACGGCGAGUGCUCCCUGCAGCGCUUUUUGCUACCUACAUUUAAUUAUCUGGCUGACAAAGCUGAACGCAAUCCCUUCACCACAACUGCCUUCUACAGCAGAAAAGGGACCUUCUGGUCUGUUACAGAAGCGGACCGAGCAUACCAUCUUCUGGGAUCCUUCCCGGAUUGCACAACGGGACACCUUGUAGGUCUACUCACACUGCUUAGUUUAGGCUCCUAACGCCUCAGUUUACCCAUUCAUGGUGACAGUUGCCUGCCUUAUAGCUUUAAUUAGUGCUGGAAACGCACUAAAAGGCCAGGAGGCUCUAGGUGAGAGGUCUAUGGGAGUCCCAGGAAAACCUAGAGAAUAUUUGCAUCUAGUCUGCGGUAGGAGAGAGAGAAGAUGCAACACUGGAGGCCAAACAUGCACAGCAGUAAAUACGGACUUGGAUUAUUGAUUUCUGGGCUUGGAGUCAGAGUCCUAGAUAUAUCGGAGCCCUCAGCUCCCGUGGGAGCACUUACGUCCCGGUGAAAUCACCCCAAGCGGGGAAUUUAAGCUUAAGGACUGGGUUCAACCACAUCUUUCCUGAGCUUGCUCCAGGAGGUAUGGCUGCCCCAGCACUCUCCGUUCCUGGCUUUCUGCAAUUACAAAUCUCCUGUAGAUUUCAUUUGAUCCAGUAAAGCAAAUCCCAAAAGGAAAUGAGUGUCCAAAGCUGCCGUUGCCUCCAGGUCCACGAGGACUCACCUGAAACAGCAGUUGCACCUACACGAAAGCCCUCUGGGACCUGGCCUUAACAGGCACAUCGGGGUGGUGGCUGCUGUUCACCAGCUUGCCCGUGGUGAAAAUGGCAUCACUCCUUUGGGUCUGGCAUAAGAAGGAAAGAAGCAGCAAAAUAUUCCUUGGUGUAAAUCAGGAUGGGUCCUCGGACUUCGCUGGAGCCUGUCGGUUGACGUGACCUGAGCGCGCGGCUCCCCGGGUGGGUGGGUCUCACACCUCCAACGUGGUGGAUGGAACCACAGUGGUGGAUGAGCUGUUACUUGCCUGAAAAAAAGUGUUUGGGGGAAAAAUUGUCUCCAGUCAUUCUCAUUUUGCAUGUGAUUUUUCCUACAUAUGUUUCUAAUCAUUAAGAAAUUCUGUAGCUUAAAUAAUGCUCUGAAAGUACGGUAACUGUUGGACUACAUUCUGUUGUAACCUUAUUGAAUUUCACUUCUCUGGAAAAAAUAAUGGGAUACUAUAUCUUGAAAAACAAAUGGUAAUUGCGUUUUUAACAGAAUGUUUCUCUUUGUGUUUCAAAACCUUCUGCACACAGUUAGACAUCUAGCCAGGGAAGAAGGUACAAAGCAUAUGGGCCAAUUUCUGUCUGUUGGCUGUUCAAGAUGCCUUAAUAUUCAAGCAGUGAUGUGUGUGUGUCCGUGCAAUAUGGCACAAUUUAUCUACAUGGUAUCCAUGAGCUCAGGUGAGGUGGUCAAAAAGUUGUGUACUGGGGUCAGAAGAGUUAUUCAAGGAGGAACUAGGUAAGGCGGGUUUACAUCCUGCUCCCUAUUAGAUGUGUGGGUGUACAUCCUUAUAUUAAUUCACAUUUUGUCUAUUUGGACCACAGAAGACCGGUGUCCUUGUGUUCGUGGUGCUGGCCAGAGGCACAGGUUCAUCUUCCAGGAGACCAGGAUCUUAAAACUAAGGGUCUUGUCGAGACUGCAAAAAUAGGAAUUGUCCAACACCUUUGUACUGCCCAUGCGCCGCAGUGAUAUGACUUCCUCAGUGACUGGGGAUUUGCACAUCACCACGUGCCGAGAACUGAUUUCAUUAAAGCCUGGGACCCAAAAUAGCAUCGUCGCAACGCAGUUUGGAAACAUGCUGGUGUUAUUGUCUACCGAGGUUAGGAGAGCCCUGCUAAUACUGGAAUGCUCUUCCCUAAUUUUUAGUAAAUCUGGCAUGUUAAGAACUUUGUGAAGAGAUGCAUUUGGACAUGUGAAGCUUCAAGGCAAAGUAAUAGGCUUGAGGUUUCUGACUGACAAGACACAUGUGAGUACAUGCAAAAUGUGCUCCUCCUGCUAAAAAUAACAUUUCUCCUGUCAACCACGAUGCAUCCACCCCCACAACACCACCCAGAAGAACACAUUAACACCUUGGCUUUGCACGUAGCCCGAUUCACAGCAGCCACAAGUGGUAGAGGGAUCUGCACUCUGUGUGCAUGCUGACAAAUCAUAUGGCAUAGCGAAGAACAGGGGAGUGAAACUGGGCUAGCAGAAGUUGACGCCUUAUCAUCACAGUCCCUUUGAGCAUGCUGUAGGCUGACACCUCCACCAACCGAGUCAUCUCCCCGAUGCCAGGAUGAAGAGCACGAGCCCACUAUCCUGAUUUAGCCUCUGGGAAGCGAGGCUCGGCUUGCCACACCAGGAAGGGUGGAAUAGUCCUUUCUUACUCCUGUUUUAGCAAAUGUUAACACCAGCAUCAAGUCCCUUCCUGGGAUGAAAAUCCGUGAGUUCAUCAGCCAAGAUGGAGCUUCAGUUUUGGCCUGAUUUGGUUUCUCUCUUGGAAAAGCUGAACGGUUGGACACUCUUGCUGCUUCUGGUCACAUUUCUUUUGAUUAUUGACCUUGUGAAAAAGAGACGACCCAGGAAUUUCCCUCCAGGGCCACAGCUCUUUCCUCUCGUGGGAACGUUCGUGGACUUGAAGCAGCCACUCCAUCUUGCGCUGCAGAAGCUUACUGGUCGGUAUGGGAACAUCUUCAGCGUGCAGUUUGGAAGUCUGACUUUUGUGGUGGUCAACGGGUACCAGAUGGUGAGAGAAGCUCUUGUCCACCAGGCUGAAAUAUUUGCAGAUCGGCCAAAUAUUCCACUCCUCCAAGAAAUAUUUAAAGGCUUUGGGCUCAUAUCAUCAAAUGGCCAUAUAUGGAGGCAACAGAGAAAGUUUGCUUCAGCAACACUGAAAACCAUUGCUGUAAGUUUUGAGGAAAAAGUGCAAGAGGAGAGCCGGUACCUUGUGGAGACGAUUGAGGAGGAGAAAGGACAACCGUUUGACCCUCAUUACAAAAUUAAUAGUGCUGUUUCGAACAUCAUCUGUUCCAUAACUUUUGGGAACCGCUUCGACUAUCAUGACAACCGUUUCCAGGAAUUACUGCACUCACUGGCUGAAACGCUGCUGCUCAUCGGAAGUUUCUGGGGCCAGCUGUAUAAUGCUUUUCCUUUGGUCAUGAGAUGGCUGCCAGGACCCUUUAGGAAAAUCUUCAGGCACUGGGAGAAACUUCAAUAUUUUGUGAAAGAAGUGAUCGCAAAGCACAAGGAGAAUUUAGACCAGUCCGAGGCAGGAGAUUAUAUUGACUGUUACCUGAAGGAAAUAGAAAAGUUUAAGGGUGACACCAGCUCAUAUUUCCACGAGGAAAACCUGCUGUGCUCCACCCUGGACCUCUUCUUAACCGGGACUGAGACCACGGCAACCGCCAUCCGCUGGGCUCUGCUCUACAUGGCCACGUACCCCCACAUUCAGGAGAAAGUGCAGCUCGAAAUUGAGACGGUGAUCGGCCAGUCCCGCCAGCCCAUGAUGGCCGACAAGGAGAACAUGCCGUACACCAGCGCAGUGCUGAGCGAGGUCCUGCGGAUGGGCAACAUUGUGCCACUGGGGGUGCCCAGGAUGUCCACCAGCGACACCACCUUGGGCGGCUUCCACCUCCCCAAAGGCACCACCCUGAUGACCAGCCUGACUUCGAUAAUGUUCGACAAAAACGUGUGGGAGACUCCAGACACCUUUAAUCCUGAACAUUUCCUGGAAAACGGCCAGUACAGGAGGCGGGAGGCUUUUCUGCCCUUCUCUGCAGGCAAGCGGGCUUGUCCCGGGGAACAGCUCGCCAGGACCGAGCUCUUCAUCUUCUUCACAGCCCUCCUGCAGAAGUUCACCUUCCAGGCGCCGGCGGCUGCCCCGCCGACCUUCGCCUUCACACUCAGCCUCACGCGCUGCCCCAAGCCCUUCCAGAUCUGUGCGCUGCCCCGUGACUGAGGCUGGCGUGGGGCUGCCCCACGUCCCCCCGCUUCAGCCCUCUGAAAGCUGGAAAAUGUCCCUUCUCCCAUCCGCCCCAUCGACUUGGGGCUGAAACGAUGGGCCACGGACGUCUAGCACCCACCAACGUGCGGGUGGCAGUGGGAAGGUCAGG